AUGGAUGUGUUAUGUCCUUACUGUUCAGCCUUACAUUGGAUGGACGAAAAAUUAGCACAAUCAUCUCGAAAGCGUCCCCUAUUUGGAACUUGCUGUUCAAAAGGAAAGACUAGGCUACCUCUGCUUAUGACACCCCCUCCACCGCUUCAAGCAUUAUAUGAUGGGGAUGAUGAUCAAGCAAGAUCGUUUCGACGUUAUACUCGAGUAUACAAUGCAGCCAAUGCUUUUACAAGUCUUGGUGCUACAUUGGAUCCAAGAGUACUAAGGGGAAGCGGCCCUAAACCAUUUAUUAUCCAUGGGGAAUUGCGACAUCGAACAGGAUCACUUCUACCACAGCCAGGUCAGGAUGCGACUUAUGCUCAGUUGUACAUUUAUGAUCCUGAUUCAGCUUUAGAAGUUCGAAAUCGUAGAAAUCCUCACUUACAAAGGGAUGUUCUCAAAACUAUUCAAGAUAGUUUGUUGCAAGUUAAUGCAUUUGUAGACAAAUUUCGCCAGGCUCAUGCAAUUUUGAAUCAAUUAGCCUUCGCUGGACAAAAUCUACCUGCUCAUCUUCACUAUAGUUCAGCAACAGACCGACGACGGUAUAACCUACCAACUGCUGAUGAAAUUGCAAUUGUGAUACCAGGUGAUGGAACUGAGGUUACUGGGAUGAGAGAUGUUGUUUUACAUCUACAGGGAAAUAAUGAACUGAUGCAAAUUAAUGAAUGUCAUCCAGUGUAUUUGCCAUUGCAUUAUGUUUUAUUAUUCCCGUAUGGUGAGCUCGGAUGGGAACCUGAGUUGAAAUUGUGGGACGUUAAACAUGAUCGGCCUUCAACUGAUCGACUUACUCAAAUGGAUUUUUAUAGUUACCGUUUGUUUGAGCGAUCUACAGAGUAUUCAACAAUUUUGAGAGGUGGAAAACUAUUCCAAGAGUUUUUGGUAGAUGCUUGGGCUGCAACUGAGCAAAAUCGAUUGACGUAUUACAAGCUUAAUCAAAAAAAAAUUCGGGCUGAACUUUACCAAGAUUUAAGCGAUAUUGAUCCAGAUGACUUGCAACCUAAUCAAAUUGAUUCAAUGGCUAUCACGCGAUACAACCAGCACCCAGAUAUUUUUCUCACCAUGACUGCAAAUCCCAAUUGGCCAGAAAUUACUUCAGCAUUAGUACCACACCAAAAAGCUAUUGAUUGUCCGGAUUUGAUUGCCCGUGUUUUUGAGCUAAAAAGAAAGUGUUUGAUGAAGGAGAUAGAGACAAACAAAGUGUUCGGUAAUAAAGUUGCGCAUGUUUUUACAAUUGAAUUCCAAAAACCAGGCCUACCACAUAUGUAUGCGCUUUUCUUUCUUAAAGGUCCAGACAAAAUUCGAACAUGUGCUCAAUUAGACAAAUUAGUUUGUGCAGAAUUUCCAGAUCCAAAAGAUGAUCCUACACUUUUUGAAACUGUCAAGUGUUGCAUGGUGCAUGGACCAUGUGGUGCUCGAAAUCCCCAAGCACCAUGUACGGAAAAUGGUAGAUGUACUAAGAAAUACCCUCGAGCCUUUGCAGAAUCAACAACUAUGGACCAAGAUGGAUAUCCAAUCUAUCGUCGUUGCAAUAGUGGUCAAGUAUAUACCGUGAGAGGACAAGAAGUUGAUAAUAAGGAUGUGGUACCAUACAAUGCAUAUCUUUCUAAACGGUUCAACUGUCAUAUAAAUGUAGAAGUUUGUGCUGGAGUGAGAUGUGUUAAGUAUAUACAUAAGUAUAUUUACAAAGGUUAUGAUCGCACAACAAUGGUUUUGGGAUUGAUUAAUGAGAUCCAACAAUAUCUUGAUGCAAGGUAUAUUGGACCACCAGAAGUUGCUUGGCGAAUAUUCGGUCAUCAUUUGCAUGCAGAGAUGCCAACAGUUGUUCGCUUGGCACUUCAUCUACCUGGAAUGCAUCGUGUUCUUUUCAAUCCUAAUGACUCAUUGGAAAUGAUUCUUUCUAGAGCUGCGCAACAAAAAUUGACUCUUAUUGGCUUUUUUGAUUAUUGUGCUUCCAAUGAAAAUAAAUGCCAAUUCACUUACCAAGAAUUUUCGCAACAUUUUGUUUGGCUCAAGUCAGAACAUAGAUGGAAACCAAGAGAACAUGGAUAUGCAAUUGGUAGAAUGUACUUUGCUAGCCCUAACUGUGGUGAAAGAUUUUAUCUGCAAUCAGGAAAGAGUUUAAUUGACUUCCCGCCCAUGCCACAACCUACAGCAAAUUGGAGUGCAACAGUUAGUAACCGAUUGAUAUUCGAACAUCAACAACUACAUAAUGAGGCACAACAGACAGAUGUGCAAAUUACUAUUGAUCGCCUCAAUAAUGGACAACGAACUGCUUAUAACGCAAUCACUUCUUCAGUCUUUGAAAGUAAAGGGACUAUUUUCUUUUUGAAUGACGGUGCUGGAACGGGAAAAACAUUUUUGUACAAUACGAUUGCAUUAAAAUGUCGCAGCCUUGGCCAUAUUGUUGUUGCCGUGGCUUCAUCUGGAAUUGCAUCAUUGCUAUUAGUAGGAGGUCGUACUGCACAUUCAACAUUUUCCAUUCCAUUGGAUGUCUUGGAAAAUUCAGUUUGUGAGUUUAGCAAGCAAUCAUUACAGGCUGAAUUGUUUAGAGAAACAAAACUCAUAAUUUGGGAUGAAGUUCCUAUGCAACAUAGACAUUGUGUUGAGGCGGUUGAUCGCACACUUCGAGAUAUUUGUGAUUGUGAAAAGCCAUUUGAGGGUAUCACUGUUGUUCUUGGUGGAGACUUUCGACAAAUCUUACCAGUUAUAACUAAAGGAGUUCGUGAGCAAAUUGUGAAUGCAUCAUUGAGACACUCUGUUUUGUGGAAGGAUCUACAUGUUUUAUCUUUAGAUUUGAAUAUGCGCUUGAAUCAUGCAAACCUUGGAAAUGCUAUUUUUGCAAAAUUCUUGACAGAGGUUGGAACCAAUCCGCAAGAAAUCAUUAAAAUUCCAUCAACAAUACACAGAUGCCAGAAUCUAAAGGAAUUACUCUCAGCAGUUUAUCCACAAUUGGAUGUGGCAGAUACAUCAACCCCAUCAUUCUUAACGGAACGUACAAUUCUUUCUGCACGAAAUGAUGAUGUCAGUGCUAUCAAUAUUGUUGCGUUGAAUAUUUUUCCAGGGAAUACAUAUACGUAUCUUGCUACAGAUAAGAUGGCUGAAGAUGAUGAAAUUGAUCCUUCCAUUGCAAACAGAUAUAAAUUCAUUGGAUCCUCCUGGGCUACCAGUUUUUAA